GCCAAUCAGCGAAAGGCUAGGAGGCGGGUUCGCGCGCCUCGAGCCGAGCCCGACGACUGCAUUUUCGGGGUCGUGGACAAAAGAGCGAAGCGGCGAGUUGUUGGGAAAGAGACGUCUUUGCUUAAAACGGUUUCUCUCCCACCGCCCCCCCUCCCCCUGUACGACGGUAUCGAAUUCUUUUUAUUCGGUAAAAGAUCUCGGUAUCGAACAGUGCUUUGACCAGUCGGGCCCUUAUUUUUGUGGAAGCUUCUAGUUUUCUUUCAAGUUACAUAACAGCCGCGGCCUCGGUCGAGAGACUCAAGUUUCCUUCCUUACAAGUAUUUUUGGAGGGCCGGUGGGGGGAAAAAUGUCUUCGGUGGACUAUUACGAGUCGACGGACUAUCUGGACGAAUAUUACGAAUCCUCCCGACACCCGUCUAAACGGCUCAAGGUCGACGAAAGCGACACCGAUUUCGACAGCGAGGAGGACGAGGGACGCGACGUUGGCGGCUCGGAUGCCGGGGAUCGUGAUAGAGAUCGGGACCGAGAUAGAGACAGAGACAGAGACCGAGAUCGUGAUCGACCAAGAAGUCAAUACAAGACUGCCCCAUCACCUGUGGUUCAUGUCCGUGCUCUAUGUGAUUCCGUCAUUGAAGCUGAUCUGGUGAAAGGUGUUGACCGAUUUGGACUCAUAAGCUAUGUGAUGAUGUUGCCCAACAAACGACAAGCUUUGGUGGAGUUUCAAGAUUUGCGAAGUGCCCAGAAGUGUGUUGCUUACUCUAAAAGGCGGAUUGUCAAUAUUGCCGGACACCCCGCAUUCUUCAAUUUCUCUACCAGUCAAAGGAUUACUCGCCCUGGGGGCCCUGAAGACCCAAAGCAUGUCAACAAUGUUUUGUUCUUAUCCAUUCAGAAUCCUCUUUAUCCAAUCACAACGGAUGUUCUGUACACUGUCUGCAACGCGUGUGGUCCAGUCCUGCGUAUUGUAAUAUUCAAGAAGAAUGGAAUACAGGCUCUGGUUGAAUUUGAUUCAGUCCAAAGUGCCCAAAAGGCUAAGGCUUCUCUGAAUGGUGCAGACAUUUAUUCUGGUUGCUGCACACUAAAAAUAGAGUACGCAAAGCCUACUCGACUGAAUGUGUUCAAGAAUGAUAGCGAGUCCUGGGACUACACUAAUCCUGAUCUGACUGCACGAGAUGAAAGAAGGCGACAAGGACAGCCAGCCCUUCUGGGAGAUCACCCUUCAACAUAUGGGGGCUUUCAAGCCAAUCCAUUGGCAUUGACACACAGAAUGGAUGCUCGCUCUUCCAACAGCAGACCCAUGCACCUGUACUCAGCUCCUGACUUUGAGUUUGUGCCCCAAGGCAAGGUUAUAAUGAUUUAUGGACUUAAUCCGCACAAAAUGAAUUGUGAAAAAAUCUUCAAUCUUCUCUGCCUCUAUGGCAAUAUUGAAAAGGUCAAGUUCAUGAAGAGCAUGCCUGAUGCUGCCAUGGUGGAAAUGGGUGAUGAAUUCUCUGUGGAGCGAGCUAUCACCCAUCUAAACAGCGUAGAGAUGUUUGGAAAGAAACUUAACUUGUGUGUCUCUAAGCAGGCAUCGAUUGUGCCAAGUCAGUCGUAUGAGUUGGUGGAUGGUACUGAUAGCUACAAGGAGUUCACCAACUCGAGGAAUAACCGCUUCACUAAUCCUGGGCAGGCAGCCAAAAACAGGAUCCAGCCUCCUUCCAACGUACUCCAUUUCUUCAAUGCUCCACCUUGUGUGACAGAGGAAAUAUUUCAAGAGGUUUGCGAGGAUUGUGAAUUGAAAGCUUUUAGAACUUUCAAGACAUUUACUGGGAAAUCCGACAGGAGUUUAUCCGGCUUGUUGGAGUGGGAAACUAAAAGCGAUGCUGUGGAAGCACUGACUGUCCUGAAUCACUACCAGAUGAAAAACACAAAUGGCCCAUAUCCAUACACCUUGAAACUCUGCUUUUCCACCAUGUCCCAUGCAUGAAGAUCCAACUAAAGUUUGAAGAGGAUUUUGAAUUAACACUUGUAGUCAACUUACACGGGCCGCUUCCAAAUAGUGAGAGAAACCUAGAUCUUUAGUGUCCUUCUUGCACCUAAUAAGUGGAAGAUAUUUUCUUUGUUCUGUUUAAAUUGUAUCAGUGUAAAAGUAGACAUUUAACUAAGUGUUCCUUUUCUCAGUAAUUUUCUUUGCAGUGUGUCAGUACUUAGAGCUUAAUGUUUAUGCAAGUGACCUUGUAAAUUAGAACUAUGCAAGUGGUUUAAAAAAAAACAUCUGCUUGAGGCAUAUUCACCAAUUUAAAGGCACUUUUCUCCAGUGACAUGAAACUAGGAUUAUCAUUCUUCGUGAAAUGUAGUUUGCAAGUUUGUUUUACUAUAAACUAAAUACAGGAGAGCUCUGUGUACUACAAACUGAAGUGCCAACAUAGUGAUUUUGAACACUAUACCUAUACUUGGUAUAUGUAUGGCUCGUUGCCACGUGUUAAUUCUUGCUGUGGUUCAGUAAUUCAUUAAACAAUUAUUACCAGGA